AUGAAGGUCUCAACUUCGAUUCUCGCAGCUCUCCCUGCAAUCUUUGUGCAGGCCUUUCCUCCUCCCUACUCGACCUCGACCGCUCCUGCCACCACCACCGCCGGAAUCAUCGACAUCCCAACUACUUCCAACGGCACCUUCCCUGACGUCCAGAACCCUGGCAACCACCUUUUGGUCGGCUACCACAGCUUCAGCGACUCAUGCACGAACAUCCACGGUGACUUCAUCGACUCCAUCGUCUGGGCUUGUUGCAAGAACAUGCGAGGCUCCUGGUCUCAGAACCGUUUCCGCCUCGGCCAGUGUCUCGAGAACGACCGCGGCCAGCUCGUUGCCCGUCGCAAUGGCGGUUUCUGGCGCACCUGCCAGGAUUGUACCUUCAAGGAUCCGGAUCGGCCUACGGUUUACAGCUGCAGGUGCUGGCCGAUGCCACGUCAUGGGGUUGAGCACAAGCUUGUUGAUGCGGAGAUUGACCUGGACACCUUCAUGGGCAACGACAAGGGCGAUCUGGUCUGUUUUGGCGUCAAGGACAGACAGAGAAACGAAGAGUGCCAACCCUGA